CGUUGCACGAACUUCCAAUUAUGAUUGGUUAUCAAAAACGGGGAAGAGGUGCCGAUGAAGAAAGUCGAGGACAAAUUGAUCCCCAAGACCGAAGAUGAAUUUGAUGCGGAGGACAUCAAAAAGGUCGAGAAUUAUGCAAAGGCAAUAAACAUGCUUUAUUGUGCCGUAAAUCCUGAUGACUACCGCAAAAUCUCUUGCUGCUCAACCGCCAAGGAGAUGUGGGAUAAACUUAAGGUGACGUACAAAGGAACGGACCAAGUACGUGAAGCCAAGAUCGACUUCCUCACCCAAGAGUAUGAGAUGUUUAGAAUGAAGGAGCACGAAAACAUCGACGACAUGUUCGACCGAAUUUCCAAGAUAGUCAACGAUCUUCAUGCAUUGAAGAAGACCUACACCGACAGGGAUCUUGUGCGAAAGAUCCUACGGAGCUUGACAUCCGAAUGGCGAUCUAAGGCCGAUGCCAUCUAUGAUUCAAUCGGCACAUCAAAUGUCACCAUCGACGGUUUAAGAGGUAACUUAAAAACGUAUGAAUCUACUAUACUUAACCCGUCUUUGAAUGACCAGAGAAAAGGCAUAGCAUUAAAAGCCUCCAAAGAACCGACAAUGAAUGACUCAAGCGAUGAUGAUGAAGUCAAGCUUGUCAUGAAGAAGUUUUGCAAACUUCUAAGAAAGAAAGAAAAGAGGAUGGGGCUGUUUGGGAGGGGCAGUGGGUUCGGCCAUCUCAAGAUCAAGGAGAAUGAGGUCCUUGAAUCCUUCAUGUUCGUGGUGUUCGGAUUGGAGUAUAGUGGAGAUGAGGGAUGGAGGGGUGUUGUUGCUGGGGCUGUUUUAGGUGGGGGAGGAGUAGGGUUUGGCUUAGAUGGAGUUUGGGGUUUGGGGGUUUGGCCGUGGGCAGUAGGGGUGACUUUGGAUGGGAUGUAUGUGGGGCGCAUUCCACUUGAGCUUGCAAGGCAGCGUUUGCGGCUACAAGUUCUUCAUGAGACAUGCUUCGGGAUUGGUUUGACAUGGUUGAUAGGAAAAGGGAUGAAGUGGGAGAAGGGAUUGAAUGUGGUUAGGCCGAAUUUAGGGAGGGAGUUGGGGAAGUGUGUAUGGUCCUUGAGAGAUGAGCAACAACUAGCUUUGAUACCAAAUGAUGUACCCAAGCUUAGGAAAAGCUAUGGAUAAAUAAGAUCAGAUUAUAGAGGGGAAUAUAUGGUGAAGAAUUGGUUGGAUUUGUGUAUGAAAUGGUGAAGAAAGUAUGGUUGUUUGG